UAUAAUUUUAAAUCAUCCAGUAAGAGAAAUUGCUAUCAAAUGAUCACAAUUCAAUUGAUAUUUAAUGAACAAUAUAAUGAUUUGGAAAAGACAAUAGACAGCCAAACAUGGCCUCAAAUCAUGUCUUUGUCAAGCAAAUAUGAAUUCAUUUCCAGAACUAUGCUUCUCCAUAACCCAAGUAAUAAACAUACCAGCAGCUUAACAUGUUUAGAAGAGCUGCAUAUUGAACUGACUUAUAUCUUCUUAUCAUUAGUAGUAGGCUAUUUCAGAUUGGAGGAGUGUUUGUGUUCACAACACAAAAGAUAGUCUGACAAAAGAUUCACUCAACUCAACUUUUCAGUAGAAGGUGCCCCGAAAGCAGAGUUGUGAAAUAAGAUAACUUCUGACUAAUAUCUUAGAGAGUACACGCUGCAUUGCUUUAUAUAGCCCCAUACAUCAGUCAUUGCAGUAAGAGGUUGUGUUUCACAUCCUUAAAAAAAGAGGCUGUGAAGAGAGAAAGGGCCUGAACAUAAGGAUCACAUUUAGUGGUUGCAGUUCAAUGCGUUCUUGGAGAAUCAGCAUGACACAGCAUUUAAUUUAUCUCUGCUGCCUGUACUAUAAUCUCAUGUACAGACCUUCACACGGAUAACUGUCGUAACGAAACUUCUAUUAGCGAGUUAGAGAAUCUAAUUUUGCAAUGCAACGCUUUAUUUUCCUGAAACAUUCAACUCUCAAUACAUUGAGCCUGGUGUAUAAAUCACAAUAUGCUUUUUACGGUUUGUUGUGACGUCGCCGUCGGUCCGAGGACACAAUAAAGAGGACGCUUGAUUGUGAAGUCAAGGGGACGAAGAUUAAAUAUCUUUCAAGCACAUACAGAAUCAGGCACACACAACCGGAGGCUGUUCGUCACACAGGCAUGUUUACAGUCUUCCAGCAGGCAGACCAUAAAGAUGUAGUGGGAGUGGGGCCCAUCCAGCAACACAUGCUAUGAUGUAACAAGAACAGGGAAGUAUUUAAAGAGGCGUUUUUCUUCGCCACACCACUGCAUCCUGGCCAUUCAACGAUUCAUUGGGCUAUUGUCACCUAGAGAGGCAUGUUAACUCCUACAACUGAAGUAACGGUAUAAGUGUGUAUUAUGUGCACAUUGAUACUAUUGUUGUACACCUUCGAUGCAGUUGUUUUUUAACCUUAUUUCUGUGUUUUUUUUCAGGAUUUGGACGAUGAUUUUAAGGCUCAUCACUUCUGAAAAAUCUUCUAUGGAAAAACAAGGAAACCAAAUGAUAGCUGGGACAAAGUUCAGCCAGAGAUAUGCCUUUAGAGAAUCCUGAAUGGUUCUUUCCUAAACUGCCCCAUUAAAGGUAAGAAUUCAUAACCAAAACUCACACUUUAAAUAAAAAAAGUGCAAUGUGUUUUGAGCUCAUGUGGGCCCAGCAUGUCCCUGUCUGCACAGUAUGUACUGAACAGCUGUGUUUCAUUUAGCAUCACUGAAACUGUUUCUUUUGGAUGUUUCUUUUGCUUAACGGAGGUGUUGAAUAAGCCACACAAUAGAUCAGGGCACUUUUCCAUUCAUUACAUUGGGAUGAAUUGGGGUCUAUCUUUUUCAGAUUUUGCAGGAGCGUCUUGUCCUGUCUACAUUACUAAUCGGCCACUCUUCAAUCCAUUUAUUGAUCAAAAUAAUUCUGUAAGAUGGUUGGAUUUGGACCUGCUGUGAAGUUUGUAGGAGCAGGAGCUGCAGGCUGCAUCGCUGACCUACUCACCUUUCCCCUGGACACGGCCAAAGUGAGGCUUCAGGUAAACAAGCUUGUUGCAAAUAUCAAAGUUAUUUCCCAUCGACACAUCACAUUUCGUCACGCAGGUACAGCUCCAAACAUUGCACGAAAUGCAAUUGUCAACUGCACUGAGCUGGUGACAUACGACUUGUUCAAGGAUACACUCCUUAAGUCCACUCCCCUGACAGAUAAUCUGCCCUGCCACUUUGCAUCAGCCUUUGGGGCUGGGCUGUGCACAACAGUGACUGCGUCUCCGGUGGAUGUGGUCAAGACAAGAUAUAUGAACGCUGCUCUUGGCCAGUACAGCAGUGUCCUCAAUUGUGCUGCUGCCAUGAUGACCAAAGAGGGGCCGCUGGCCUUUUAUAAAGGGUUCAUGCCAUCUUUCCUACGCCUGGGCUCGUGGAACGUGGUGAUGUUUGUGACAUACGAGCAGCUGAAACGAGCCAUAAUGGCAGCGAAUCACAACUUCACAGCAAUACCGUAACCAUUACUUUCUGUGAGAAAGCGGAUGUUGUUUACACAUUUAUUUACAUUUUGUUGCCUCCUUGUGUAUAUUUCAACUCUAAAUGUAAAAGUUAUCCAAACUGUGUUGAUAAGUCUC